CUUUAUUUCAGUAGCUUUGGCUCCAAACGUCAGGCAAAUUGUGGACCGAACCCAAAGUGUUUCUCUCUCUACAAUAUCUCUCUAGAUUCGUUGUUUUCAAGUUUCAACUCUCCGGUAAGUUCAGACUAAACUGCAAAACACUUGGCUCCUGCAACUUAUUUUUCUGGCCGCCGUAUAAAAUUGUAUAGCCGGAGACGGCGAGGAAUGUGUAUUGAAAAACAAGUGUUAUCAAGUGAAUGAAUUUUUCAAAGAAGGAGAAAUGGGAGCAUUAUGCGGUGGCCACUCACGCGACACUUUGGAUCGUUUCUCCGACCGUUGUCUCCACCUUUUCCCAUGUCUCUCCGAUCCCGCUCGGAGAUCCACUUUUUGCUUGAGAAUAGCGUUGGUGAUGCUGCACUUGAUCUAUGUGGGCGUUCUAUUUGUCUUUGACAAAGAUUUGAUUCACAAAACUAAAGAAGAGCCAUGGUACACAACUGUCUAUUUGAUCCUGUUUGCUGCUACACUGGUUCAAUACUUCAUCACUUCAGGUUCUUCUCCUAGCUAUGUUAUUGAUGCAAUGCGGGCUGUCAAUGAGGCAGAUGCAUCGCGUAAUAGGGCAUCAAUGACCUCAAAACAGCCUGCUUCAAGCAAAAACGGCGAGGUAGUUAUUACAAUCGACAGGAACCAGUUGGGAAGUGAUCUUCAAGGCCGUGGUACGAUGGCGUGGACAAAGCUAGUAAUGGAUAUGUAUCCCACUGGAACAUCUCUUAGAAGUGUGACUUGCAGUUACUGUGAUGUUGUGCAGCCUCCACGAGCUAAACAUUGUCAUGAUUGUGACAAAUGUGUUCUUCAAUUUGAUCAUCAUUGUGUUUGGCUUGGCACAUGCAUAGGACAGGGUAAUCAUUGCCCUUUUUGGUGGUACAUUUGCGGAGAAACAGCCUUAUCCCUUUGGACGGGCACGUUAUAUAUUCAAUUCUUGAAGUCUGAUAUAUCAAAACCUUGGUGGUUAUAUGCAAUUAUGAUCUUGCUGCUAGUUACUCUGUUUUUCUGCCUCAUCUUCCUUCUCCUCCUCCUACUUUUUCAUAGCUACCUAAUUUUGACAAAUCAGACCACUUAUGAGCUUGUGAGACGACGGCGCAUCCAAUAUUUGAGGAACAUUCCUGAAAGAGUGUAUCCAUUUAGUAAAGGAGCAUGCAGAAAUUUGUUUGAGUUUUGUUGUGCCCAGCGUAGCAAAUAUAGGAUGGAACCGCUUCCAACAGGACAAGAACUUGAAGAGAAGUUGAGACCAUAUACAUGCACAGAUGUUUUAUCCUGUCGGUGUUGCUGUUGAUCACUUGUGUUGUAUCCUAGUAUUUGAGUUCUCCCUAGAUUGUACACUUGUGAAAAGAUCUAGGAUAACGAUUUGUUUGUACUGUCAACUUUAUACAUUACAAAGAUAUCAAAUUCAGGCAUUUCUACGUGACUUAAGUCACAUUGUUUAUUUUUGGGCGACAUUUUACUAAUAUCGUGGAUAGUUCCAGAUGAUGGAUCGUUGCAGCUUCA